UUCGCUAACGCCGGUGUAUACACCGACCGUUUCAAUCAACAAUACCAAAAAAUUCAUAACGCUGGGAAUGGAUAUUUUUCUAAAGAAGGAAUUCCCUACCAUUCAGUUGAAACUCUUAUUGUAGAAGCUCCCGAUCAUGGUCACCAAACUACAUCUGAAGCCUACAGUUAUUGGAUAUGGAUGGAAGCUUUGAAUGGCAAAAUUAACGGGGAUUAUAGCAAAUUUAAUCAAGCUUGGGAAAGUAUGGAAAAAUGGAUGAUUCCAAGUCAUGCUGAUCAAGCUACCAACAAUUUUUAUAACCCAGGUGCUCCAGCUACUUAUUCUCCCGAACUUGAUAACCCUAGCGAAUACCCAUCUCCAAUGCAAUUUGGAACACCUGUAGGCCAAGAUCCCCUUUAUCAAGAAUUAGUAUCUGCAUAUGGUACUAGCGACAUAUAUGCUAUGAAUUGGUUGUUGGAUGUUGACAAUACAUACGGAUUUGGUAAUACACCUGGGGGUGGUUGUGAAUUGGGACCUAAAACAAAUCAACCUUCCUUUAUUAACACCUACCAAAGAGGACCUAUGGAAUCAGUAUGGAGAACUGUUCCUCAAUCAACUUGUGAUUUAUUCAAAUACGGUGGAACUCAUGGUUUCUUGGAUCUCUUUGUUGGUGACAACAGCUACUCCCAACAAUGGAAAUACUCCAACGCUCCUGAUGCUGACGCCAGAGCCAUUCAAGGUGCUUUCUGGGCUCAUCAAUGGGCAAGUGAAUCUGGCCAUUUAAAUGAUAUUUCACAAACUUUGUCAAAGGCUGCCAAACUUGGAGACUACAUAAGAUAUUCUUUUUUCGACAAAUACUUUAAGAAGAUUGGUAACUGCGUUGGACCACAGACAUGUCCUGGUGGAAAUGGAAAAGAAAGUGCUCAUUAUUUGAUGUCUUGGUACUUUGCAUGGGGAGGAGCUGUCUAUGCUAACUGGGCGUGGCGUAUUGGAGAUGGUGCUGCUCACUUUGGUUACCAAAAUCCCUUAACUGCCUAUGCUUUAUCUAACGUUGAUGCCUUGAAACCAAAAGGUCAAACUGCCGUCGUUGACUGGGCUACUUCUUUAGAAAGACAACUUGAAUUUUAUGGAUGGUUGCAAUCAGCUGAAGGUGCAUUUGGUGGUGGUGCCACCAAUACCUGGAAUGGGCGAUAUGAUACUCCCCCACAAGAACUUACUGCUAACACUUUCCAUGGUAUGUUUUACGAUUGGGAACCUGUAUAUCAUGAUCCUCCAUCCAACAGAUGGUUUGGCAUGCAACCCUGGUCAACUGAUCGUCUUGCUCAAUACUAUUACGUUACUGGGGACGCUAGAGCCAAAACUCUUUUAGAUAAAUGGGUUAAGUGGAUUAUUUCUGAAACCAAAUUUGAAGGUAAUACUUACAGUCACCCUGAUACUUUGGACUGGUCAGGACAACCACCAAAUGUACACGCUAAAGUUGCUACAUACAGCGCCGAUGUAGGUACCGCUGCUGCAACUGCCAGAACUCUCUCAUACUACGCUGCCAAAUCUGGCGAUCAAAAUGCUAAAUACGUAGCAAAAGAAUUGUUAGACAGAAUGUGGAAUAAUUAUCAGACCAGCAAAGGAGUGUCAGCUCCAGAAGUUAUGAGUACUUACAAUCAAUUCAAUAGCGAAGUACCCGUUCCACAAGGAUGGAUGGGUUCAUACCCCAAUGGAGACGUUAUCCAACAUGGAGUAACUUUUGUCGGUAUGAGGUCAUGGUACAAAAAUGAUCCUGACUGGCCCAAGGUAGAAGCUCAUUUGAAUGGUGGACCAGCUCCCACAUUUACCUAUCAUCGGUUUUGGCAACAAGCUGAUGUUGCUAUUGCUCAAGGAACUUACGGUAUUCUCUUUAAUGAAUAA